AUGCCUUCCGCGGUGUCGAGCCAGAACAAUUAUUAUGCCGCCCAUCAUCGUCGACAAUCCUCACAGUCGCAGACCAAUUUGCCCGAUCAGAUCAGAAAUUCUCCGUCGCAAGCCCAGUCUCCCAAUCGAUCUCUCGUCUUCUUACCGUCAACCGCAUACUCACCCUCCCAACCUGUCACUCAACGCUCUCGCAACUCGUCUUUCACCACAGCGUCGAAAUCGAACCCGAGACUGGAUACUGCUCCGAGUGAAGACGUGACAAACGAUCCACAUGAAUUCUAUCGGCAAUAUCAGGAUCCCUUCACAAAUUCAUCCCCAGUUGCCCUACACCAAGAAGCGAUACGUACAACGGCUUUGGACAAUGAAGAUGAGCAUCCUAUAGCUGCUCGAAAAUCCAGUUUCGCAUCAGCCCAAUCCGAUGAGGAUAAAGCUUCCCGAGCAGCUCGAAAUUCUGUCGGUGCUCACAAACUAUCUGUGAAUACGCAACGAAUAUCGAAUGGGAACUGGGACAAUGGACAGACCAAACCUUCCACGACGAUGCCGAACGUUUUGAGAUCAAGGAAAACCUCUUUCAAAGAUCUCGUGGCCCGUUUCGAUGCGUCACCGGGUGACGUUCCGUCUUUGCCCACACAGCAAAUCUCGCGCCCUGCUUCGAGAACUGCGAGUCCCAUGCCUUAUGCUCCUAUGGAUACUUCUCACUCCUAUGGGAGUAGUCUUCCGCAACCCAAGCAGCCAGCAUCGAGGCUAUCUGAAUCUUCCAGAAGAAUGCCAACUACUUCUGCCAGAACAGGAAUUAGAGCUCCGUCAAAUGAUAAAUCCAGUCGUCCGAGGGGUUCUUCCUCUACUGCCGGCCCAAGUCCAGGGGCGAGCAACCCUGAAGCCCCAGAACCUGGCCGUAAAUUGUUAUUCGGAGAAGUACUUCUAUCAACAUCCAACGUCCCCGCUGCUGGCUAUGGGAUAUACAAUGCACGCCGGAGACGUGGCUCGGAAGGUUCUCCGAUGCACAGCCCUAAUCCAAUGUUUCCUUCAAACGACGGAAUUUCUCAGUCUCAGAGAGAAGCAACAACCCGGCGCCCGCAAAGCCCCAGCCAGUCACAGAGUGGCCGUAAACACCGGAGGGCGAACAGUGAUUUCACAGGACCGCAAUCAAAGACAUUCUUGCGACAGAGUCAGAGCCCGUCCCUGAUGGGCAUGGCCACCACGUCAAAACAUCAGGCAGAGCCAUUGGCAAAGUCAAGCGCGCAAUCUCGCAUUCCGGUCAGUACUCGACAUCACCGAAUGGCUUCCGAUUCAGCCACGAUCUCCUCCGCAAACCAUCCUGCCAUUGUUUCUCAACUGCCCCUGCGCGUACCUGAUCGUGGACAAUCCUCAUCAGGCCCUUCGCCAUCUGGAGAUCGAAAACCGCCGAGUCCGCGCCGGCGACCACACUCUCCGAUGCAGAUCAAGAGCCCAGGCAGAAGGACCCGAGUUACUGGUUCGGCAACGGGGGAAAAGAGUCCUUCCCUGCGGGCCAACAUUAUCGCUCCUCCGCCGAAAAUCUCACCACCCUUGAGAAGUUCGAGACCUCGACUGCCGGUGUCUUCUGCCACAACGGCAGCAUCUCGGGCAAAGAUGGCAGAGAAAUUCCAAACAAUGGCUAAGCAACAAAGCGAGCAGAAGACCUACCGACGUCAACGACCCCCCGAACUUAGUGACAUUGAUUUGAAAGCUCGUCGCCUGAAAAUUACUCAAGCAUUGAGUAGGUCACGAGAGGGGCAAGAAUUAAGAGGUGGAGGAAUCGAAACCCGAUCGACGAGCCGGACCAACAGCGUGACCCCUUCACUUGAAGGACCUGAUCGGCCCGAUCAAGGUGUGCAGGAACAUACGGAGAUUCCUGCAGUUGUGGUGAACGAGGCCGUAAUGGACACGCCCGACGAGCGAUCAUUCUAUUCCCCUAUCCAGGGGCAGGCAGGAGACCAACGAGCAUUUACUCAAAAUGCCUUGAAGGUUGUGGAAGACAUAGACUCGCCAACUCUUGGCCAUGCCGAGGCUGCUUUCAACAGCAUUCCGUUAACACUUGACACGCAUUUGCUCCCCCGGAGGGAUGAACAGGAGCCAUACUCUGCGGUUACAGAAGGGACUAUGGCAACGGAGGCUACCGAAGCCACGAUGAUUGAUGCAGAGCCGCAAACCGAUGCGACACGGCUUCAGACACCUGGCCAAUCGCUCUUGAGUCAGAUUAACACUCUCCGAAGUCAAAGUUCCAAUUCCCCUUUGUCUUCAACUUCACCAGUGUCUGGUGAAAACUCCGAUCAUGCCGAUGAGGUUUCUGUUCACCUGAUGCUCCGGGAGACCACCUAUCUCGACGAUGACGAAGCUGUCGAAAAAGGUUAUCGACCUUUUGCGCCGACGGCGGGGCCGGAGCUGGCACUCUCACGAAGUAAUGAGGGAAGCUCGUGGAGCUCUUCAAUAGAAGAUCAGCGUGAAUCGGAAACGAGAGAACAGACCAGUUCGGGUCCGGAAGUGACACCACGGCAAGACGAGGAGGUUGCCAAUAAUAUUCACUCUGAUUCACUUUCCGAGUCUUCCCACUCUGGCAUCCAGGAUGACGCGCACGGAGAGAACUACGCGAGUGACGCUUACACCAUCGUGAAUCUUGUUUUGCAGCAACAGACGCCUUCUGGGGUUGUUGAUCAACAGCUUGUGGAUGACAUCUAUCAUCGUAUUAUACAAGCUUCGCCCGACUUGGCGGACGCAGAGAACGUGGAUGAAGAGAAGGUUGUCCGCUUAUGUUUGCAAGAGCUCGACGAGUACCACAGUCAAUGGGAUCGGUCUGAGCCGUUACGUCCGCGAUCGGCUCAAUAUUUUCACCCUGGCCCAGGACGUGAUGCAGCUGGUGAAAAGGCCGGUAUAUCUCACGCGUCUGCUGACUUUCCCUCUUCCGACCAUGUGGUUCAUCCACCGCCGCAAAGUUAUCGAUCUCAUAAAUACAAGUCCAGCCUGGAUAGUGCAGAAGAUUGGGCUGAAACUUCGCCAUCGGUGGGGGAUUGGAUGCAAUUUGCCCUUAAAUCACCAACGGAUGCUCAACGACAGCACCAGCAAUCUUCUCUUACUCACGAAACAUUUCUACAUGACGGGCUCGAGCCACCAGGGCAAGGGCACACCGAUCAUACAAAUCAAAUGAGUGAACCGACACCACUAGCAGCUGAUCCAAAUAUACCUCGGCCACCAUCCCACUCGCCACCGCCUCCACCAGUUGCAAAAAGGCCUUCCAUCGAUCAAACCUGGUCUGCUCCUGCUGGCAUCAAAUCAGUCAUGGCGCAUCCACCUCCACCUGCGCGGCCGCUUACUGCGGUGUCCCAAAUAUCCGCUCGAUCAAGCCUCGAUCAGCAAGUGGUCCCAUCAAGCUCUAGCACCACCCGACCGUCCGUGGAAGACCAGAGCCCCGAACAUCGUCGCCUGAAACAAAGACGGCACGUUCUCAAGGAAUUGGUUGAUACAGAGUAUACCUACGAAAGAGACAUGAGAGUUCUGUGUGAUAUUUAUAAACAAACCGCCGAGACGGUGAUAAGCGAUGAAGACAUCAAGAUCAUCUUUGGAAAUGUGGAGCUUGUCCAGCAGUUUUCGAGGGACUUCCUUGGAUACCUGAAACAGGUGGUAUACCCAGCAUAUGUGAUGGAGAAGUCCGACCGACGAAAGAACGGGGACCGGGCUUCCACGGCGCAAUCUUCCAAUGCUUCGAUAGAUCUCAUUGAGAUGACCGAUGCACAAAAAGAUGAGAAAACGACUGUUGGUGAAGCGUUCGAAGCCGGGAUGCCCGAAAUGGAGAAAGUGUACACUGACUAUAUCAGAACUAGGCAUGCCGCUAAUAAGAGGCUAGAGGCUCUACAAUCAUCUUCUACAGUACGACAGUGGCUUAAGGAAUGCAGUGAAAACUCGACUGACAUCACUAACGCCUGGAGUCUGGAUGCACUUCUUGUCAAACCGAUCCAACGCAUCACGAAAUAUCCUCUUUUACUGCACCAACUUUUGGAAGCAACCCCUGACACCCACCCUGAUAUCAAUCCUCUUCGAAGAGCGGCAGCAGAAAUUUCCGAAGUUAACGUGCGCAUUAAUGAGGUCAAGAAGCACACUGAACUGGUCGAUCAGGUUCUCAAUAGGAAGCGAAAGGAAUCGGACGUCCGAAAUGGUCUUACGAAGGCAUUCGGUCGUCGCGCAGAAAAACUGAGACAACACGUCGGCAUUAACGAAAUGUACGAAGACGGGGAAUACGCCAAGUUGAAGAUCAAUUAUGACAACAACAUUGCUCACCUAUUUCUGGUCAACAAAGAUUGCCAGGGAUACAUUGAAGCCAUCAAAGAAUGGGUCACUCGCAUGUGUGAGCUUGCCGCGGCUGCAGAAGCGUGGGUUGAUGUUGGACAUACCAAUUAUGCACAAGCCGAAAGCAAGCUUCGACAAUUCGCCAUAGUUGUUCGAGGGAUCAACUCGAUUGCCCUUCCAGAUCACAUUGAUCAAGUGACGAAGCGAGUGCUACAGCCUAUGGAGAAAACUACACCGUUACUAGAGAAAUUCAAAAGCGAUUCUAAAGGACUGAUCCAGAAGAGAGAAAAGAGACUUCUUGAUUAUAAUCAAUUCAAGAACAAAAAGGACAAAGGCGAGAAGAUUGACAAGAAGAUGACAGAGCGCAUGGAACAAUGGGAAGCUCUUAACCUGGAAGCCAAAGAGAGAAUGAAACGACUUCUUCGCGCGACCGCCGAUCUGGUGCACUCUUGCCAAGCCAACCUUCUCGAACUUCAUCUUAAUUGGCUGGCAAUGUGCAAGCAAAAAUUCUCAGCGGCCAUGGAAAUUCCCUUGGACAAACUCGACAAGGCCGAUAUCGUCAAGGAUUGGCAAGAAGAUUUCGAUUAUCAAGAGGCGUCGGCAUUGUCCUUGAGUAUCUGCAACGGAUCAUUGUUGGCCGACGCGGUCAAUAUGUUAUCUUUCUUGACUCCGGGAUCGACUCUGACAGGCGACGACUCGCCUCGCCAAGCAUCGUGGAACAGCGGCAUGAAUCGAUCAGUUUCAAUGAGUAAUGAUGGGACACAAGGGCUGAUGACGGAACAGUAUCGUCGACAUAGCGGUGGUCCACUCAGUUCGCAAAAUGAAGAUCCAACCGACUGGAGUUCAGCGACGCACGUGAACGGACGGAUUCGUGCUCCUUCGGCGAUGUCUGGCAGGAUGCCGGAGACGAGCAGUCGAACUGUUGCUGCCUCAAUUCACACUGUUAAUAGUGCGAAUGUUUCCCGACCAGGUACUAGCCUGGGCCAAUCAGAAGACCACACACGGCCUGCGCCUCGACUCAGUCUGGAAACACCUUCGCCAUCGAUUGGGCCUCUUUUGACGGAAUCACCUGCGGCAGUCAAACAUACCUCGAUGUCAACAUUUUAUUCAGCCUCUCCAGGUCCUAGUCAAUCGCAAUCUCAUUUGCCGACAAGCGGGGGAAGCAUUUUCUCGUCGGCCAUGCCAAUGGAAGAUGGUAUCGAACCUGAAAGAGAGCCUGAGCAGCGUGAGCCUCGAAGAGAACCGGGAGUUUUGUUUACGGCUGCCAGUGUUUAUGAAUUUAAUAUUGACCGAUCCCGGCAGCAAGGUGGCUUCCGCUAUCUCACCUACGUCACGGGGGAAAUUUUCGACGUGAUUGCUGAACAUGGGGAAUUGUGGCUAGCCAUCAACCAAGAUGAUGCCACGAGAGAGAUUGGGUGGAUCUGGAACAAACACUUUGCGAAGCUGGCAGAAUAA